AUGUCCAAAGUGGCCAAAUACCGGCGACAAGUUAGUGAAGAUCCAGAUAUAGACAAUUUAUUGUCUACUUUGUCUCCAGAGGAGAUGGAGGAGCUGGAAAAGGAGCUGGAUGUGGUGGAUGCGGACGGGAGCAUCCCUGUGGAGCGCAGUCAGACAAACCAAUCAGAAAACUCCUUACCUGGCCCACAGAACUGUGACACGGCGCUCAACCACCACGACAAGGACACCAAGAGGCUCCUGCAGCGGGAGCACUCGAUAGACGAAAGCAGGUUGAACAAGAAUGAGGGAGACAAAAAUCAAGAAGAAAAAGGAAAAGAAUCUCCUUCCAAAGAACUGGCCCAGAAACAAGAUGCUAAAGUGGGGAAAGACUCUAAAAAGGAAGAAAGUGUUGACAAAACAGACCUGAAAGGUAAAGCUGAGACUAAGAGCAAAGAGAACAAAGCUAUGAAUGAUAAAGUAAAGGCCAUGGAAAAAAAGCUGAUGGGGAAGGACAAGAAGGAGGAAGAGAAGGGUUCAGUGUUGAAGAAGGACACAGGGAAGAACAAAAAGGAGGAAGAGAAGAGCUCAGAGUUGAAGAAAGAUGAAGGGGAGGAUAAAAAGGAAGAAGAGAACAGCUCAUGUCUUAAAAAGGAGGAAGCAGGGAAGGAUAAAAAGGAAAAAGAGAAGGUCUCAGCAGCAAAGGAGGAGACAGAGAAGGAAAAAAAGCAAGAAGAAAAGGAUUCAGCAUCAAAGGACACAGGGAAGGACAAAAAGGAGGAGAACAGUUCAGAAUCAAAGAAACAGGCAGAAAAAGACACAAGAGGGAAAGAUAAAAAAGAAAAUGAGGAAAAAGCUUCGGCUGUGAAAAAAUCCAAGGCAGAUGAGAAUGAUAAAUCCCAGACAGAAGCAGAAAAGGCAGAAAAGGUGGAGAAGAAACAGGAGGCCAAGGCAGCAGCCGAGAGCAGCCCUUCCAAGUCUUCCUCCAGCAGCUCUGCAGAUCAAGCCAAGGACGAUGAAGCCUCCAGCAUCUUUGACGAGCUCAUCGAGAAGGUGAAGAACAAUGAUGCUGAGGUGACCGAGGUCAACGUGAACAACUCCGACUGCAUCAACAACGAGACCCUGGUGCGCUUCACUGAGGCCCUGGAGUUCAACACUGUGGUCAAGGUGUUUGCCCUGGCAAACACCCGCGCUGAUGACCACGUGGCCUUUGCCAUUGCCAUAAUGCUCAAGUCCAACAAGGUGCUGACAAGCAUCAACAUGGACUCCAACCACAUCACAGGCAAGGGUAUCCUGGCCAUUUUCCGGGCCCUGUUGCAGAACAACACACUGACAGAGCUACGUUUCCACAACCAGCGGCACAUCUGUGGGGGGAAAACAGAGAUGGAGAUUGCCAAGCUCCUGAAAGAGAACACCACACUCCUGAAGCUGGGUUACCACUUCGAGCUGGCUGGGCCACGCAUGACUGUCACCAACCUGCUGAGCCGAAACAUGGACAGGCAGAGGCAGAAGCGCCUCCAGGAGCAGAAACUGGCACAGGAACGGGGGGAGAAGAAAGACCUCCUGGAGGUGCCCAAGCCUGGAGCAGUGCCGAAGGGGUCCCCCAAGGCAUCCCCACAGCCAUCCCCCAAGGCUUCCCCCAAAAGCUCUCCCAAGAAAGGAGGGGCACCCACCAUACCACCCCCACCUCCUCCUCCACUCGCCCCACCACUGAUGAUCAACGAGAACCUGAAGAACUCUCUCUCGCCAGCCACACAGAGGAAGUUGGGAGACCGGGCGCUGCCAGUCCAGGAGAAGAACUCUCGAGACCAGCUCCUGGCAGCCAUUCGCUCCAGCAACCUCAAACAGCUCAAGAAGGCAAGUGCAGGGCCAGGUGGGGCCCAUGCACAGGGUGGGGCUGGGGGCUGA